AUGGAGAGUGAGAAGAAUGAGAAGGAGAGGGAGAAAGAGAAGGUAGGAGGUGGAGACAUUGACGAGUGCCAGACGCCGGGAAUUUGCAUGAACGGCUGGUGUAUCAACACCGAGGGCUCCUUCCGUUGCGAGUGCCUGGGGGGGCUGGCCAUUGGCGUGGACGGGCGGGGCUGCGUGGACACCCACGUCCGCAGCACCUGUUACGGUGGCAUCAAGAAAGGCACCUGCGCCCGUCCCUUCCCGGGAGCCGUCACCAAGUCCGAGUGUUGCUGUGCCAAUCCGGACCACGGAUUUGGGGAGCCGUGCCAUCCUUGUCCUGCCAAGAACUCCGAUGUUGAUGAAUGUGCCAUCAAUCGCCUGUUGUGUGACAACGGACUGUGUCGCAACACGCCUGGGAGCUACAGCUGCAGCUGCCCGAAAGGGUUUGUCUUCCAGACCGAGACAGACACAUGUGAAGAUAUCAAUGAAUGCACAUCCAACCCCUGUGUCAACGGGCUCUGCCGGAACAACGCUGGGUCCUUUGCGUGUGAGUGUUCGCCUGGAAGCAAACUGGAUCCCAGUGGCACUAUCUGUGUUGAUGUGCGGCUGGAGCAGUGUUACAUGAAGUGGGCCGAGGACGAGUGCACCGUGGCGCUGCCAGGGAAAUACCGCAUCGACCUUUGCUGCUGCUCUGUCGGCGCAGCCUGGGGCAAGGACUGCGAGGAAUGCCCCAAGCCCGGGUCAGCCGAAUUCAAAGCCAUCUGUCCGCGAGGACCCGGCUUUGCCAACAGGGGAGACCUCUUAUCCGGCAGGCCUUUUUACAAAGAUGUGAACGAAUGCAAGAUGUUCUCUGCUCUUUGCACCCACGGCACCUGUCGCAACACCAUUGGGAGCUUCCGGUGUCUCUGUGGCAACGGCUUCGCUCUGGAUGCCGAGGAGAGGAACUGCACAGAUAUUGAUGAAUGCGAGCGAGACCCUCUCCUGUGCCGGGGAGGGGUCUGCGUCAACACCGAGGGCAGCUUUGAGUGCCUUUGCCCUCCGGGGCACGAACUGACUGCCGAGGGCAACGUCUGCGUAGAUAUCGAUGAAUGUGAGGACACCCCAGAUAUCUGCGAUGGCGGCCAGUGCACCAACAUCCCCGGGGAAUACCGCUGCCUCUGCUUUGAUGGCUUCAUGGCGUCCCUCGACAUGAAAACCUGCAUUGAUGUGAACGAGUGUGACCUGAACCCCAACAUCUGCCUGCACGGGGAAUGCGAGAACACCAAGGGCUCCUUCAUCUGCCAUUGCCAGCUGGGCUACUUCGUCAAGAAGGGGACGACGGGAUGCACAGAUAUAGACGAGUGUACCAUCCUGAACGGCGGCUGCGAUACCCACUGUGCCAACGCCGAGGGCAGCUACGAGUGCAGCUGCGGGGAAGGCUACGCGCUGAUGCCGGAUAAGCGGUCCUGCGUGGACCUGGACGAGUGUGCCACCGAGGCCCACAGUUGCAACCUCAACGCCAACUGUCUGAACACGCCAGGCUCCUUCCGCUGCGCCUGCCAGGAGGGCUUCAGCGGUGACGGCUACUCUUGUUCGGAUGUGGACGAGUGUGCCGACAACGUCAACCUCUGUGAGAACGGGCAGUGCCUCAACGCCCCCGGGGGCUACCGCUGCGAGUGCGAAAUGGGAUUCAACCCCACCGACGACAGCAAGGCUUGCCAAGCCGAAUACAAGACCCUUUGUCCGGGCGGAGAAGGCUUCCGGCCGAACCCCAUCACAGUCAUUUUGGAAGAUAUAGACGAGUGCCAGGAGCUGCCAGGCCUUUGCCAAGGUGGCAAUUGUGUCAACACCUUUGGGAGUUUCCAGUGUGAGUGUCCCCCGGGCUAUUACCUGAAUGAGGACACCCGUAUUUGCGAAGCCUAG